AUGUCGCCCCCUGCUGAAGACUUUUACUGUUGCCAGUUCCAGCCCAACACCUUUGACCCCUCCCGCUGUAGCUCCUGCCUGCGGCCAGAUCACAUGCACGUCAGCGGCGCUCCUGCAGCAGAUGCUGAUACAGAUGAUGAUCAUGACGACACAUGUGCCCUGUCUGAGGUGACCACAAGUGCCAGUAGUGAUGAUGUCAGAGGCGGUUGGACCUACGAGUGGAGUCUAGAGCACAGUCGGAGUCCUGAGUGGGAACUUAAUAUCUGUGAUACUGACAUACAAUCCAGCUCUCCAAAUCAGUUGGAUUCUUCAGAGAGGGGUCGAUCCCCCAGGUUGGAGCUGUACUGUGUGGCUCAAAGAGAAAUGACACGGCUGGACUCCUCUCCCCCACAAGGCACUGAAAGCUCCUGGAUGGAUGAGAGGAGAGGGAGAAACAGGUCCCGCCAGGCAUCAGAGUCCUGGGGAGAUAGGGGACAAGAGAGUGGUUACUUCUCUCCCGACAGAAGAGGUGAUGGUGAGCAGCAGAUUGAGGAGGCCAAAAAACGUCAGCUUCGUUACUACGAGCGGGGGCAUCCCCUUCCAAGCAACUAUGUUCCCGAGCCCAAGGCCUGUGUCCCUUACAGGAACGUCAACCUGGGAGUGCCUUCCCAGCGAAGAAAUCAUGAGACAUAUAUGCAGGAAACUUGGAGAAGUGAAUCCCCGCAGAGAUACACAUACCACUCAAACUUUAGACGGGGAGAUUCACCGGCAAAUUCUCCGACACGUCACAGCUCUAUGAGUCCAGAACGCUACAAGCUCACCGAAUCGCCUGUGGGAGCUCAGAGAGGGAGCUCCCUCUGUAGGAGUCAGACUCGGUCUCAUACUUCAUCUCACAGCUCUCCACAGCUUCCAUCAUAUGGUCCUUCUUGCCAUACGUCAGGCUGGUCCAGUCCAUUCUGCCGGAAGUUGUCCAAUGCCUCUCGCACCGUGUCUCCCUCCAGGGCCACACCAUCUCGCAGGCGUGCAGGCUCUUUGCUCUCACAGAAUGGUGAAUAUGAUGCUAAAAAGGGAUAUAGUCGAGAGUCAGGGAGUCCAUCACAAGCUUCGAACAGGCACAGUUUAGACUCUGAGAAGCUGUACAGAAAUCUCGAGUCUAUCUCCCGUCGUGGCUCGUCAGCUCUUCAGCAAAAUUCAUAUGAGCUAUCCCAACCAUCCCCACGAAUCAGAACAGCUGUCAACAGCUCGACCAACACUCGAACUCGGAACAGUCGUGACGUUUCACCAUCCAGGAACGGCUACGGCACCAGCCACUCCCCACAAAGAGAACCCUGCUCCAGAGACAGCAGGCUGAGUCCACAAAACUCAUGGCAGGGGUCCGCACACUCUUUACUCAGCAUCCCGGCCUCACCUGGAUCCUCGUCAUCGAGGCGGGGCACAGUCUCGCAAGUCUUUGGUGGAUCACUGUCACAAGCUACGAUUACAGGAACAGAUGAAGCCGAUGAAGGAAAAAACAAAGUCAUAGGUGACCGAAGCAGGAGCGCCAUUAGACGAGGCAUGGACACCCUGCUGGUCUCUGAACCCAAAAAGGUUGCAUUAGAGGCUGAGGAGGUGGGGAUGACCAUAGAUGAUUACAUAAUGCUGGCUGAUAUUCCCAAGAUCCAAGUGGAGUCAGAAGAAGAGUUUCCAGGGCUAAGGUUGAGGAACCAGAGUCCCAGUCCAUGCAGGGACCAGAGACUCAGGACAUACAGGUAUCAAGAUGAAAUAGACAGAUCGAGCCAGUUCUACAGUUCAAGGCUGGAGUCAGAUGAGAGGGGGAGAGGCAGAGAGAGAGGGAGAGACAGACGGGAGAAAUGUCGAGACUCUGAGAACGGACGAUCGUCUCGGAGACGAUCGGCAGCAUCUCUUCAUACACAGACCUCAGAUAGCCAGAGUGGAAAACACAGAUCCUCCAAGGUGAAUGAGCGACCGGCUCCUCCUGAACGCCUGCAGACACAGGGGUGGAUGUCCAGACUGGAUGAACAUGGCAAGUGGAGGAAACACUGGUUUGUUCUCGGUGACACCUCGCUGAGAUACUACAGAGACUCAGAGGCUAAGGAGUCAGAUGACCUGGAUGGAGAGAUCGACCUGACGUCCUGCGUGAAUGUGUCAGAUUGUGAUGUGGACAAGAACUACGGACUCCAAAUACAAACAAAAGGAGCAGUGUUCACUCUCUCUGCUGUGACAUCCAGAAUUCGGAAAAAUUGGUUGAAGUUACUGAAGCAGGCGAUCCAGAACAACACACAGUUCAGCCAAUCAGACAUCGGCAGCGAGAAAGAGAACCCCCUCUCCCGGAGACCGUCACCAUGCCAACCCCCUGCUCAGUUCACCUGCAAGGAUUCGGGCUAUGAACCUGCCACUUGCACCUCCACCACUACAGCUGCAAACUCCUACCAGACCGAAAUCCACCACCAAGCAGCAGACAGAGAUCUGGGUGCGGACUUAUCGCCAGCCAGUCAGAGAGAGGAAGGGGAGGGCUGGGACCGCGAGCAGGCAAAACGACUGGAGGAGAGGAACAAGUGGUUUGAGGAGGAGCUCCCCGUCAAUGAGAUGGGCAGCAGGUGGGAGUCCAUGGAGCUGAAAAAGGGGAGUGUACCUGUGCCUGUUAUUGAAACUAUGGACUCUGAAGUUAACAGGAAGUGGGCAGAAUUUGAGACAAUGUCAUUUCAGGACAUGAGCUCACAGUCUCUCAUAGGCACCCAGGCUUAUCAGUCAAGCACCGCACAGGCAUCUGCAUCUCUACUUACUCCCCAGAGAGAUCACUCACCACCUCAAGAGGUCAACCAGUCUGUCACCGGGUCACAAACCGAUACAUCAAACAUGAAGGAGGCUCCUCCAUCCAUAAAUGGCGCCCAGAUCACAAUGAAUACAGCUGAAGCACUGCAAAAAGAGGCUGUUUUUCUUCGAAAGCAGGUAGAGAGCAUUAAGAGGGAGCGUGCGGCCAUGGGUAUAGAGGUGGAGAGUCCCUGUGGCACUGGGGCACCUUGUAGGGCCAGACUGGAGGCCAUGGAAGUAGCACACAGGAAAGCACUGCAGGAGCUGCAAGAGAAGCAUGCCAAGGAGAUAAAAAAGCUAGAAGAGGAAAAAGACAGGAUGCUACAGGAGGAGAGCCAAGCAGCUGCUAAAGCUAUGGAGGCACUGAGAGCAGCUCACAGAGAGGAGCUGGAGAGACAAGUGGAGAAGGCCAGGAAGUCGUUCGCAGGAGCGGCACAUGUGGAUUCAUCAUGCCGAGGGCAGGCGCUCCAGGCGGAUGUCUUGCACUCUGAGUUAGAUGUGCUGUCAGAGCGUUACUCUCAGAAGUGCCUGGAGCUGGACCGCGCUGAACACAGCAGUAAGAGCCGAGAGACAGAGCUCGGACGCAAGGAGAAGGAGCUGGAGCAGCUCAGAAGAGAGAACCAGGAUCUCAAGGCCAAACUGGCAGAAGAGAUCAGCCGUAUGCGGUAUUUCAUCACAGGUCAGAGGUCGGAUGUGGUAUCCCUUUGCAACACUGAGUGCGCUGCAUCAGAAUUCGAGACUCUACUCAGAACAAAAGAAAAUGAAGUUCAGUAUCUUAAAAAAGAAAUCAGUUGUCUACAGAAUGAAGUGCAAUCUCUUACAAAGGAGAAAGAAGCCGCUUAUGAGCGUUUUAAGGAGGCAUAUGUAGAGCUAAGUGACACCAGGGGGCGUGGCCAGCUGGAGAUGGGCUCACUCAAUGAACACCUGAGACUGGCCAACGCUGCCCUUCAGGAGGGAGCAAGACAGACCUGACCUACGUGACCUACGUGACCUACGAGGACACGCCUUUAAAAAUGUACUUUGACAAAGAAAACCAGCCAAUAUUUUAAAAAAAAUAAAAUAAAAUAAAAAAGCAAUAUAUGUUAUCAUGACCUGAUAAGCCUAAAAUGAGCCAGAAUUAAAAAUUAUGGGUGUUAAGAUUAAAUAACAACAAGUGUU